AUGAGUGAUCUGGAAGCAAUGGAGUCUGAAUCUCCCAACAUCCCUGCUCCAAGAGAUAUCCAACUCCCAUCCAAUGUUCCACCUCUCGAUCAAAUCCUCUCAGCAAACGACUUUUCACUCGCUGCUCAAAAGGCUCUCACGCCGAAAGCAUGGGCCUUUUACUCUUCUGCAGCAACGGAUCUUGUCACCGUGACAAAGAAUCGCGAACUCAUCCGCAGAGUCAUGCUUCGGCCAAGAAUUCUAAGAAACGUUUCGCAAGUCAAUAUCAGUCGCAAGAUUCUGGGACUUCAAAGUAAAGCGCCUUUUAUUAUGUGUCCUGCUGCUAUGGCGACGCUGGCGCAUCCGGAUGGUGAACUUGGUUGGAGUAGAGCUGCUGCCAGCGAAGGCAUCUUUGAGAUUAUCUCUAGUAACGCUUCCUAUUCCCUCCCAAGUAUCAUCGGCGCAGCUCCCAAAGGCCACCCUUUCUUCCUCCAACUCUACGUCAAUUCAAACCGUCCAAAAACCGUACAACUCCUCAACCGUGCUCGUUCUCUUGGAAUAAAAGCGAUUUUUGUCACUGUCGACGCCCCGGUGCCAGGUAAACGUGAAGCCGACGAGCGCGCGCCACAGGUAGUCGUCAUUAAAUCUGAGAUGAGUGGCAGCGAGAGCAGCAAAGACGGCAAAGGUAGCGGACUGGGACGCCUGAUGGGACAAUACAUUGACAAGAGUCUCUCUUGGGACGAUCUUGAGUGGAUUAGACGAGAGAGUUCUGUACCUAUUGUAUUGAAGGGCGUGCAGACGGUGGAGGAUGUCAAAUUGGCGGUCGAGUAUGGUGUUGAUGGCGUUAUGUUGAGUAACCAUGGAGGAAGGUCUCUCGACGGUGCGCAAGCUUCCAUUCUCAUCCUUUUAGAAGUCCGAAAGCGCUUCCCUGAAGCCUUUGAUCACCUCGAGAUCUUUAUCGACGGCGGCUUUGAACGUGGAUCAGAUAUUCUAAAAGCUAUCGCACUGGGUGCCACAGCUGUUGGAGUUGCAAGACCAUUUUUGUAUUCCUUGGUAUAUGGUCAAAAGGGUGUUGAGCACCUCUCACAGAUUCUGAAAGAUGAGCUCGAGACUUCAAUGAGACUUGCUGGUAUUACAACUCUGGAUCAAGCGACACCUGCUCUUGUGAAUACUCUAGAUAUAGAUCAUCUCGUUACAUCUGGACGCAUUGAACCGAGUUCAGUAUCUAGAAAGGUGCGGUCUUCAAAGCUAUAA